GUUCUUGAUUGGUUGCGUUCAACAUCAGUCAUUAUUUACUUAUCUCAAACUACAAUGUAAAAUAAAUGACGUUAGUUAAAAGAUAUGUGUGCCUAUUUGCUCGCUGCAGAUUGCCGGCUUUGCAAAAUAAACCGAGUUAAAGUACAUUUUUCGAUGCUUGUGCGGUAUUUGUGUUUAUGCGGCUUUGUGUUUGUUGCGCAGUAAAAGCGACACCCACGGAAGUGACCAAGUUGGGAUGGAUCGACGACGCACGCGAAACAUGACGCAAUGUCCCCGCGCCUGGAAACACGCACGGAGUGAUUCAUUCUCAAGUCAAGGGAUGCCUUAGCCACCUUUACUGACAGACAAACAUGACUCAAACUCGGGCGAACCUGUGGGUUUGACACCAGCACAUCCAUUUGAACCACGCAAGAGCUCGACCAUGAAGUUACUCCAUAAAGACAUUGAGAAAGAUAACGCCGGGCAGGUGACUCUGGUGCCGGAAGAGGCGGAGGAUAUGUGGCACACCUACAACCUGCUGCAGGUCGGGGACAGCCUGAGAGCUUCCACUAUCAGAAAGGUGCAGACAGAGUCAACCACAGGAAGCGUCGGCAGCUCAAGGGUUCGAACUACUUUGACGUUAUGUGUGGAGACGAUCGACUUCGACUCCCAGGCCUGCCAGCUGAGGGUGAAGGGCACAAACAUCGAGGAGAACCAGUAUGUCAAGAUGGGCGCUUACCACACUAUUGAGCUCGAACUCAACAGAAAGUUCACUUUAGCUAAGAAGAACUGGGACAGCGUCGUGCUGGAUCGAAUCGAGCAGGCGUGUGACGCGGCACAGAAAGCAGACGUGGCGGCUGUGGUGAUGCAGGAGGGUCUGGCCAACCUGGUGCUGGUGACCCCCGCAAUGACGCUGCUCCGCGCCAAAGUGGAAGUCACCAUCCCUCGCAAGAGACGGGGAAGCUGCACCCAACACGAGAAGGCGUUGGAGAGAUUCUACGAGGCUGUAAUGCAGGCAAUUCUUCGCCACAUCAAUUUUGACGUGGUGAAAUGUGUGCUCGUGGGCAGCCCGGGGUUUGUGAAAGACCAGUUCAUCACCUAUCUUUACAAGGAGGCAGUGCGGCAGGAUAACAAGCUGCUCCUGGAGAAUCGACCCAAAUUCAUGCUGGUUCACUCGUCAUCAGGUCAUAAAUAUUCUCUCAAAGAAAUCCUUUGUGAUCCCACUGUGACAAGCAGGCUUUCUGAUACGAAGGCGGCCGGAGAGGUGAAAGCGCUGGAAGAUUUCUAUAAAAUGCUCCAACACGAGCCUGACAGAGCCUUCUACGGAGUGGCUCAUGUGGAGAAAGCAGCUGACGUCCUCGCCAUCGACACCCUGCUGAUAAGCGACAAGCUGUUCAGGCAUCAGGACAUCCAAACAAGGAAUCGCUACGUCCGGUUGGUCGACAACGUGAGAGACAACGGCGGCAACGUCAGAAUCUUCUCCAGCCUUCACGUGUCUGGCGAACAGCUGACUCAGCUGAGUGGCGUCGCCGCCAUCUUGCGCUUCCCCAUCGCCGACCUGUCCGAGCCCGAAGACGAGAGCAGCUCAGACGACGACUGAUCCACACACACACGCACACACGCGCACACACACACACACACACACACACACACACAGGCCAGAUCGUGAACAGCAGAGGGAGGCUGUCACUGGUUACAAAUAACACAAGGAUGCAUUGAUUCAGAGUGUUGCAAAAGAAAAAAAAGAGAAAAGCUGCUGUGUCAAAAUCGAGGAUUUCUACCUCCGCAACACGAACAUCUCCUUCAAAUCCUAAUCAGCACCCGGUUUUCUGAAGCGGCCAUAAUUUAACUUAAUUUGAUGCGUUGUUUCAGUUUUUCGCUGCUUUUGAGUUGAAGGUGAUUGAUUCAGUAGCACGAUGGAGGUGAAUGUAACAUUUGUUGCCAAAAUGCAAAUGAAAUCCUGAAAUGUGUGUGACAUUUAGCAAUAGAAAAAAUAUUAGAUUUUGUUUUUUCCCCCCCAAGAUGUAUAUACAACUUAUGUUUCUUGCAAAUAAACAAAAGCAUGCAACGA